AUCAGUUCACCGUCGAUCGCCCAUUUGAACGGACGCGAAACGCAAGUUGCGACUUAUAUUUCUUGAUACUCAAAAACAAAGAUCUAAACGAUGGGUCAACGAUCGUCAAAAGCAAAGCGGACCUAUGGAGUGGAAACUUCGGGGUCUGAAAAGCAGUCAAAGCCAACGGCUAGGGUGAACUCUGAUCCACCUGCUGUACCCACCAAGUCGGAACCAGAGGUUGAUCGAAGCAAUUUGCUGCCCAAGUGGCUGAAUGAAUCGCAAUUUGAGGAAUUACUUGUAGCGAACAUACCAAAGUUUUCAAAGAUAGUGAAUUUCCAAGCGAAACCCGCCAUGUCCCCCGGAGAAAACUAUGCCACACUUAUGUUGAGGAUCAGCAUAAAUGUGGAGCUAACUGACAAGAGUAACAAACUGGUCUCCUUCAUGAUGAAGGUUCCUCAUGACACUCCCCAAAUGGAUCAGAUGCUGGCUAUGGCAAAUUUCUUUACCCUCGAGAACGCAGCCUAUAUUGACAUCCUGCCGAAAAUGGAGGAGCUGUAUAAGGCCAAGGGCCUGGACAUCGCCUUCGCUCCACGAGCAUUCAAACUGGACUCCACAAAGGAGCCCAAGCUGGCCAACACGGUGUUAAUGGACGAUCUCGGCCAAAGUGGAUUCAAGAACUUGAACCGAUUUGAAGGCCUUAAGUUGGAGCAAGCUAAAUUUGCUAUACAAAAACUGGCCCAGUUUCAUGCAGCCGGUGCCACGAUGGUCCAGGUGCACGGACCAUAUUCUGAUUUAUUCCUGUUCGGCAUGAUGGGAAAUAACUUGAAUGUUAUAAAGGCGUUCAUUGAAGGAAUGUUGGGAUCUUUUCGAACGGCAUUCUUGGCCAAUCUGGACAAGCUUAAGGACGGAGAAGCCUAUCGUGAAUCGCUUGAAAAAGUUCUUGCUGGCCUCACUACGGAAUUCAUGAAGAUCGCCACCAUAGAUCCCACUGAGUUUAAUGUGCUAAAUCACGGCGACUGCUGGAUUAAUAAUCUGCUGUUCAAGGUGGACUCCAAGGGGGAAGUGGAAGACAUGGUGUUUGUCGAUUUCCAGAACCCUAAAUACGGCACUCCCGUCACGGAUCUGCUCUACUUGAUCAUGACUUCGGUGCACAUCGACAUUAAGCUGGAUUACUUUGACUUUUUCAUCAGGCACUACCACGAACAACUGACCAAGCACUUGGAUAUUUUGGGAUUUACUGGCCGACAGCCCUUGCUGAGGGAGUUGCACAUUAAGAUAUUCAAACACGGCCCAUGGGCCUUGUUCCCAACCAUUUCUGUGCUGCCAGUGGUGCUUUUGGACCCCAACGAGUCGGCGACCUUUGAUAAUUUCAUGGCUGACACCGAAGCAGGUGCUAACUUCAAAAAUUCUCUGUACGCCAACAAGCGAUAUCAGGGAUACAUUGAACGGAUUUUGCCGUGGCUGAAAAAUCGCGGUUUUCUGGAAGCCAGCCCUGACCCAAUCCCAGCUCAGCCAACAAUGGAACAACCAGAGCAACCGCAGCCUGAGAAUCCCGAUAAGAUACUUGACUGGGUUAACAUUACCGACUUCAAGGAUAUCAUUUCCUCCACCGAACCAGAAUUUGAGAAAAUUGUGAGCGGCUCUUGGAAGUUGGCCACGAAACCUGGCGACAACUAUGCUUCUAAACUGCUAAGGGUUGACAUAGAGGCGCAGUUAAAAGACAAAAGCUCCAAGUCCUUCUCGUACAUCCUGAAAGUGAACACGGCCGAUGACAUGAUCAAUUUCUCCGACUUCAACCUGUUUCCCAAGGAGAUCGAGGUGUACAGCACUUUUGUGCCCGGAUUCGAGAAGCUUUACAAGGAUGUUGGCGUGCCGGUCACAUUUAGUGCCAAAUCCUACCGCCUCAGCAAGGACGUCAGCGAAGAAUAUUUGAUUUUCGAUAACCUGCAAACAGCCGGCUUCAAGAUGUGUGAUCGCCUGAAGGGAAUGGACAUGGAACACAGCAAGUGCACUCUGAAAAAAUUGGCCCAAUGGCAUGCAGCCUCUCUGAAGUACAAGGAAAUCAAUGGACCCUACCCUCCCAAGUACGCCAAUGGCAUCUUUACAGAGCAAACUGCCGAUGUAUUUAAGGGUAUGUUUGCUCAAUCCAAGGAUUGCUUUCUGCAUGUAGUGGGCAAGUUUGAAGGCGUUGAUGAGUACCUGCACAAAUUGCCAGCCAUUAUGGAUUCCCAUGUUGACAAAAUAAUUGAAGAUGCCAAAGUAAAUGAGAAAGAGUUCAAUGUUCUUAAUCAUGGCGAUGCUUGGAUAAACAACGUAAUGUUCCAAUACGACUCAAAAGGCCAUGUCAAGGAAACCUUUCUGCUAGAUCACCAAGUCACUAAAUACGGAAAUCCAGCUCAGGAUCUGUACUACUUCAUAAUGAGUUCCACUCAGCUGGACAUUAAAGUCGAUCAGUUUGACUAUCUUAUCCGAUGGUACCAUCAAAACUUAGAAGAUCAUGCCAAGUUGUUGAAGUUUAAUGGAUUUGUUCCCUCUCUAAAUGAACUGCACGUAAUUUUGCUAGAGCACCCCAUUUAUGCUGCUGGAACUGUGCUUAGCACCCUGACAGUUUGCCUGAACAAAACAGAUGAUAACUUCUCCUCCGACGUAUUUUGCAAGGACGGUAAGGAAGCAGAUCAGAGAUUGCAGCUGUUCAGCAACGAACGUUACAAAGCCAAUAUAGAGCGCAUUAUGCCAUGGUUAAACAGGAGGGGAUUGCUUGAUGCCUUUACCACCGAAAAAUCCUCAUAAAUACCCUUAGACUGAAGCAAUAAAAAACUUUUAUAAACCA